AUGGAUCUUGACCAUAUCGCAUGCUUGGGUCAAACAUGCCGUACCCGUGUUCGUCCAUGGCGUCUUUGCCCGCUUUUUGCAUCUUUUCCUCUUUCACCAUCACCACAGUUUCAGAUCCUCCAGCCAAAGGAAUUUGACAUGCAUUACACGUUUAAACACAUUUGGGGCACUCUUUUGCCCAUAUCCGUGGCAAUAACGCACAGCGUAGCAGCAAGCCAAGUGCAAAACAGAAGUGUUGAUCUACCCAUUGCUGAACACAUCAUUCCUCUUCGUCGUCUAUCUUCUUCUCAGCACUUUGGCCGUAGAGAAAUCGCCUCAAGUAGUGAUAUCACUGUUGCAGGACACUCUACUAGUCUGCGUAAUGUUCGCGACAUUUUUGGGGUCGACGUCACGGUUGGAGAUACAGUAUUGACUCUGUUAUUUGACACAGGGGCUCCAUUUACAUGGGUCCUUGGCCCAGGGUUUCAAUGCGCAAGCAAAGACGGGACACAACUGUCAGUCCCCAAGGCUGGAAACUACUUCUCUGCGCACUACGCCAGACUAAUCAUUGUGCUCCCCUGCGAUAUAGGAAACCGAACCAAUGCCCAUAUACUGCUUACGGCACCUCCAGUUUCUCAGGAGGCAAGAUAG